CGGCGAUGGCGGUGCCGAAAACAUCGGGAACAAUUCACCCGCCUUCAGCUCCGGCUCCGACUACGACCCCAGCUUUGACUACAGCCCCAGCUCCGACUACGGCCCCGGCUCCGGCCCCGACUACGGUCCCGGCUUCGGCCUCGUCUUCGACCCCAAUUCCAACACCGGAACCGGUCCCGCCCCCGAACCCGGACCCGGCUCUACCGCCAUUAAAAGACGAGAAAAACGAAAAACCUCGUCGGUGGCACGAGAGGUCGAAAUCGCAAAGGCCGCGAGGACAAGAAGGCCGUGGAGGCCGUGGAGGUCGUGGAGGCCGUGGACGAGGCCGUGCGCGACCUAAGAAAUGUUUUCUUUUUUACCUGUUCAUAAGAAAGGAUUCAACCUCCGCCUCCAGCUCCGGCACCAACCCCAACUCCGUCGAAAAUAAAUAG